AUGGCCGUACUCGCGGCAAUAUUACCGGUCGUUUCGCGCAGCUCUUGUCUCGUACUGGAACUGUACCAUUUCGCCGCUUCGUCACCCGGGGAAGCAAAAGACUUUGUGAAGGUUGCGAAAGCAAUCAACAACUUUGCCUCGAUCCUGAAGCAGGUCGGAACUAUCAUCAAGGAAGACGACCGGCUACCUUCUUACGAGGCUCUGGAUGUUCUGGAGGAUGUUACCGUGCAGUCACAAACCGUGUUAAAAGAGAUCGAAAACGCGACUGAGCUCCGCAGAAAUGAGCACAGCGGCGGAAAAAAAGAAGCCCCAUCGUCCAGGAAUCUUUCGCGAAGCGGAUCGCUCAAUGCGACCAGGCUGGCCUAUCUUGCUGCACAUCUCGAAUGUCUGAGAUUGACACUAGCCGUUCUCUUACAGACUUUGUAUGCUGCCCAGAGCAUCAUGUGGUCGAAGCUUCGCCCCACAGUAUCGCCAAAGCAAGCGGCAAAAGCGGUGACAAACGAGAGGAUUCAGCUCCAAACACUCAUCAUAGAGCAGCAAAUGUCGAUACUCGCCACAUCUGUGCUCCAUGAGCAAAUCCCUCGUCAUGAUGCUAGAUUUCUGAUGGAAGCGGACAGCUCCCAAAGCCUUGUCAUGACAGGGUCCGAAAACACAUCGCCCAAUCCGAAUCACCUCUUUCAGUAUCAAGACAAGUGUCUUGGGAGUCUUGAUACCUCCGGUUCCACAGAGGAUGAGUGGCUACCGACGGUAUGUAGCGUCGCUGGCGCGCGAACUGAGCAGCUGUUGGAAAGGUGGACAAGUCUACCAGACUUUGACCACCGCCUCCGUGAUGCAGAACGCAGAGCGCGUACCCAAAAACACGAGAACCAGCAAGCAACCGUCGAAUCGGAUAGUGAAGAGAACAAGCGAUCAAGGUACGGUCCUAACGGUUCAGGCGUCGCUUCACAUACAUCUCAGCGAUCUGGCAGCGUGCAGCCACUGUUCAUGGAUACGACUUCUUUGCCCAUUCCUGUGCCCACCUCGAAAUUUGGGCCGUCGGCUCCCAUUUCACCAGCGGCCUCACCGAGAGCUUCCCGUACUACAUUCGAAACACCCGCAUCGCCUCAUACUAGCAUAGGCAGUUUACCUAUGGAAGCAGCUGCAGCAAUCGAAGCUCAAGAGGAAGACGAAGGUCUGGAACUCGAGAUACCGUGGAGCCUCCGCACCUCGAGAUAUGAAUGGAAGUAUAUUGAUGGUAAAAUCGUUAGCUCGAAUACCGAUCUACCACCUUCAACUGCAUAUGCAGAGCGUCGGAACUGGACAGAAGUCAUGGCCAGCUGGGUCUGCAAAGAAGCCAUCCAGGAAGCUGGCUACAGGUUCACGCAGGUGCAGAAAGAGAGAAAAGAUGGACGGAGGACGAGGUUCGACACCUGCUUCUGCAUCGAGCAGCCACUGAAGUUCGAUCAAGUCAAGCACCUGGUUGAGCGGACAGUCGAGAUAUAUCGAAAGAACGUACCAGCAACCCCGCCUCAGCCCGCACCGCCACGCAUCAGGCGUACUUCCUUUGAUCGACCACCUGCUGGCCCGUCUCCAAGCUAUCUGGCUAAGAUGGCUGCCCAAGACCGUGAUCGAACACCCACUGCAAGUAGGCCUCAGGUGCCCUUGGAGCGUUCAUCAAGUACGCUGUCGUAUCCUCCGCCACCACCGCCAUUGGACCGCUCGAUGUCUAUGCCGGGGCCAGGCAUGUUCGCCCCACCACCCUACCCACCAAGUGUCAACUCGCGGGCAUCAAAUCCGCCCUUGACAAUGCCUACCCCAGGGACAAUGCCUGUACCGAUGCCCAACGGCCAAUACUCGUCACUACCGCCGCAAAGUCCCUAUUCUCCACAGAUACCACCUCCACCGCCGAACGCACAACAAUACCCUUACCCACCACCUGGUGCGCCUUACAACAACUACCCUUAUCCGCCACACAUGCAACCCUACGCCAACCCAUCGAACGUGCAGUCGCCACUACGCCAGUCGUAUCCUGUCCUCAGACCAAUGGACAGGUAUGACGACGACUCCAUGACCUCGGACUCGGGCAGUGGGGAGCGGCGGAGACGCAGGUCGAAGUCACGGAGAAGGUACGACAAGGAAGGUGAAGGGAGGAGGAAAAAGCAUGGGAAGAGCGCGGCAGUGGGGACAUUGAUGGGGAUUGGAGGGCUGACGGCGUUGCUGGAUGGGCUGGGUGGGUUGUGA